GCGGCUGCGCCCGCGGCAGCGCAGGCGCUGAGCAGCGUAAUCGGGGGGUCGUCCGGCCCCGGCUCGCCAGUGCCUGUGGGCACCUUUUUGAGGCACGGCGCCCGCCUAGUAGAAGAUAAGGCGGGCGCGCGGCGCCAGCAGGGUGCACCGUCAGGCCUGGCCGCGGGCGGAGUGGUGGCAGCUGCGAGCGGCGCACAGGCGAUGGCGGCCGCGGUGGUGGGGCCAGGGCAGCUGUGCGGCGUCGGGGCCGAGGCUGUGGGAGUGGGGGAAGCGGACGUACUGGCGGCGCUCGAUCCCGGGUCCCCGGCUCCCGAGGACGUGCAAGGGGCGCUGCAGGCCGCGGCGGACUUUGCAUGGCCCGGGGAGGAGUGA